GAGUGCUAGUUUCCCUCAGCCCCACCGUGGGCAGGCCGGCGUUUUGCCACCUGAUUGCGGCUUCAGAGCUCGCUCACUUCCUCUUGGACAAGCCAGUCCGUGCGCGCUUUUCCUGAGUGACUGUUCUAUGAGUUUUUCAAGGAUAAUGGAUUCCAUGCUACAGGAGACUGAUGUAUUUGGUGAGGAAGGUUCAGGAAAGAAGAAGUCUAAGUUUAAAUCUAUUAAAAAGUUUUUUGGGAAAAGAAAAAGGAAAGAGACAUCAUCAUCUUCAGAAAAUUGUAGUCUGAAAACGUGCCAGUCCACAAGUGAUGUCACAGCCUCACAGUCCGUGCAUAUGGAUUACGAUUCUGAAGAUGAACUUGAGAUGCACGGAAGUGUUAUGGGAAGCAGAGCUUUGUCUCAUGAUAGCAUUUUCAUUCCUGAGGCAGCACAAGAACCUGUUAUGCCAGUCCGAGUAUUUUCUCAGGAAAAUGUUUCUGAUCGGAUUAGGGCUUUGCAGCUGAAGCUCCAACAGAAUUGGAAAUUAAGUCCCUUAUCUCCAUGUGGAACACCUUCAAAGAAAAUGGAUGAUGCUGGGAUGAGUUCGGAAGAUGAUGGGUUACCCAGAAGCCCACCAGAAACGUCUUUGCUGCAGGAAAUUCUAACUUCUAGCACACCAAAGUUUUCUGACUCUCACAAGCAUCUUAGUUCUUUGAGUUUAGCUGGAACAAGCAGCGAAGAAGAAGAACAGCUCACCAACAGUCCUUUGAGAUCCUGCUCUACAGAAAGCCAGCUAUUUCCCAGACAGUCAAGCACUAAAAUUAUAGUUCAGCGAACAUCUAACUGCAGUCUCUCACCUCCUGCUGAUUUUGAUACUCCACCUGAGUUCUCUUCUUGCUUGGAUAAUUCAGCUGCUAAGCACAAGCUUUUAGUGAAACCAAGGAACCAGAGGUCUAGCAGAGCAAGAAGACAAUUUCUGAGAAACAUGUCAGUAUCGCAAAAUGAUUUGAGCUGCACUCUUGAAGAAGAGGAAAAUGGCAGGAAAGACAUAGCGACUGAACUUACCUACCAACAUGAGGGUUCCAGCUGUUGGGAGCUGACAAAUGGAGCAGCUCCAUCAAAUGCCACGUGCUCUCAGCAACCUGAAAUGUCGAAAGGCCUUCAGCAUAACUUGAGUAAUCAAGAGGAAAAGGUUGGCAUGCUGUCCUCCACUUCUGAUUUGGACCUGCCUCCUUGUGAAAAUAAUCCAGAGUGCUGCCAAAGUAUGCAAAGAGUCUCUCACACUGUAUCCUCUUCAACACCCUCUGACCCUAAAGAAGAUACAGGUAUCUCACAUCUUAAUCCACACCAAGAACACUCUGAAAUGUUAAAUAUAUUCCCAGGGAAUUUGAGUGUAAUGUCGCUUAGUAUUUCAAAUCAAGAAAAUAAAUAUAUUUGUGAUACACCACCAGAAAAUGGCAUGCUGUCUGAUAAGAAUGCCUCAGCCAAAAUUGAUGUAGUCUCUACAUUACAUGGAAGAGAAAAAAAUGCACCGAAGGAUGCAGAAGUACUGGCGGAAGACAUUUAUAACAAGGGAACUGUAAAAGGCUCUCCUUCAUUAUCUAAUUCCAUCAAUUUUUUACCAAAAAAUUCUUUCCAGCGCUCAGAUUUACCUGACCCUGAAAAUACCGUUCGGACGUCAGGCACAACUUCAUCAUCACACACAGAUAUAGCACGUUUCUUGAAAGCAGACAAAAGAAAGUCAACUCAGGAGCAGCCUGGAUCUGAUAAAGAAACUCCUCACCCACCAGUACUUGGUUUGCUCAUGCAGGGAGGGAAAGCAGAGAAAGAAGGCCAUGACCUCUGUGCCUUGAGAAAAUUUUCUGUGUCAUCAGCUAGGGGGAGGGCAAGGACUAACAGUGUGAACACAGAAUCUGUAGAGAGUGAGAAUCCACCAGCCCUGCAAGUAUUGCAGGCUAAAAUUAAAAACACCUUGAAGAAUGAGAAGUUGAAAGAGGAUGUGGAGAUAAAAACUUCUCAAGCGAGAGAAAGCUGCACGAACUCACAGGCAUGCCCCUCAGAAUCAGAAAUCGCUGGUAGAACAUUAGACAAAGUGGUGGAUGCCUCAUUGGUCCCAGCCAUGAGUCCAAAACCUUCACGGAAUAGCCCUUCUAGUGGCCCUCCACAGCAGUCAAAUGCUGGCCAAUCAAGUUGUGAAGACAAAAAUCCCUUUCAAGUCAAACUUCGAUCCACGUCUUUAUCAAUGAAAUACAAGGACAGCUUCCCCCAAGAAUCAAAGGAGAAUCAAAGACACAGUACAGAGUUACAUUUAGAAAAAGAGGAACUGCCUUUGUCUUCACUUAAAGGUGAAAAAAUAGAGGCCAGAAAGACAAGUGAUGUAAAUAUCAGUUGCUUUUUAAAUGAAAGCCUCAAAAUUAAGCCCAAGUCUUCUGAGCAGGGUAUCACAAAACCUCCAUUGCCAAGGAAGCCUAUUUUGCAGCACGUCGUUAUUAUUGGCACUAGUGCAAGUACAGAAAAACAGGAAAAGGUAACCAAAUAUCCCGAAUUAAAAAAUGAAGACAAAAAUAUGGAGAAGAAACCAAGUCCCUCUGAAGUGCCUGAGAAGAGUGUGCCUUCUCCUGUGAUUACUGCAGACACGGCAAGAGCAAUUGAAAGUCACACAUUGCCAGCCUGGAUCACUAUAGCAAAACAAAAGCAAAGGCUCAUGGAGAAGGAGCUUGGGAAAGAAGAAAAAACGUUGGCUCACAAUAAAACAGAUGUGGAAAAACAAGUGAAGGAGAAGUUAAAAAUGGAGGAAUUGGUGAGGCAACAGACAGAUUUCAUCCGGAACACAUCCCCAUCUUUGCCACCCACGGUUUCUUCUGAAGAACAGAAAAAAGAGACAAAGACGGAUAUGCAGGAAUCCUUGCCAAGAGGCAGCUCACUGUCAUAUCAUAGUCCAGUUCAGUCUUCAGGACCAAUUGAGAAAGAAGAUACAAAGCCAAUUAAGAAGGUCAGUCUUUCUUCUCCAGAUAAACCCUCCUGGAUGGAACUUGCCAAAAAGAAAUCUCAAGCUUGGAGUGACAUGCCUCAACGGAUCAAGUAG